ACUACACACAGAGAGACUUGGGGAGACUCAUCAUCGCCAUUCUCACCUACUAGGGGUUUUUCUUCUUCUUCUUCUUCUUCAGCGCCAAUCCGGCAACUGUAAUCGGCCUGUGUUCUCAUCGGUUUUCGUAUUUUAAUUGCUUGGGAAUUUGAUUGUGCCGACGUUUUGAGGCGCUUUCAGUAGAGAUUGUGAAGUUGCUUGCUAUGUUGCAGGAAAUGGAGAGCGCGAUUCCUCCCGCCGCGAGCUUCUUCCACUACUCCCCGACCGGCGUUCUCCAGGACCCGUUUCACAGGUCGCCGCCUCCUCUUACGGAUCGUGAAAGAUAUUUGACAGAAUUAUUUCAAGAGAAGAAUAAGUUGGGACCAUUCUUGAAAUUACUCCCCGCGUGCAACAUACUUCUCAAUCGAGAAAUUGCUCGCGUUUUGGGAUUGCUGUCCAACGAAUUUGCAAACCAUGGAUGUAUAGGGUUUGAGUAUGGUCUCCCUGGGCAAUACACCAAUGGCAUGCCAUUAAAUGUAGAUCCAUGGAGUACUCCCAUACAAACAGAGGAAAAUAAACUUCACAAAAUGGCUGCGUUUCACGCUUCUCCUUUAGAUUGGGUUGUAGCACAAGGACCUGCAACAACUCCUAUCGUGAGGCGGGUCAUCAGAUUGGAUGUACCUGUAGAGAAGUACCCAAAUUAUAAUUUUGUAGGACGAAUUCUCGGACCACGUGGUAACUCCCUAAAAAGAGUCGAAGCCAUGACAGAAUGCAGAAUAUACAUUAGAGGGCGGGGCUCAGUGAAGGAUUCAGUUAAGGAGGAGAAGUUAAAAGAUAAGCCUGGGUAUGAACACCUUAAAGAACCAUUGCACAUCGUUCUGGAAGCUGAAUUUCCCGAGGAUAUCUUAAAUGAUCGUGUGGAUUAUGCUGUGAAAAUCCUGGAAGACCUUCUAAAGCCUGUGGAUGAACCUAUGGAUCACUAUAAGAAACAGCAGCUAAGGGAACUGGCCUUGCUCAAUGGAACCCUCCGGGAAGAAAGCCCGAACAUGAGCCCAGGAAUGAGCCCGGCCAUGUCUCCAUUUAAAGAUACAGCGUUGAAACGUGCCAAGACUGGAGCAUAACAACCAAUGUCUAUUCGCGCUUGCGGGUCCCACUUUCUCCUCAUUCUUUGCCAACCAGGCUCAAGGACACACUCCUCAGUUUAGUCAAUUCUGGACUCAACAACAGCAAGCAAUGUGUGCAACUACUCAGCCAGUGCAGCUCAUUUGGAUGGGGGCAAACAUGGUAUUUUGCUUGGCCCUUGGAUUAGAUAUUUAGAUUCCAGUUUUACAUCAUCAAAAUACAAUAAUUGGGUUUUCAUUUAUGACCAGUUUUGUGUUGGUAGAUAGUCAGAAGUGCAUUAACUGACCACAGAAGACAUAAAUAUUUGAUUUUGAUAAAGCUUGAUUGACUCAUUACAUUGAUUGAUAAAUUCUUAAAUGGCAAGGUCCACUUAAGAUUUCUUGGACUAUUUUUUAGCACUAAUGAAUAAUUUUUGGACUU